AUGUCGACUGCAGCUCGCCGUCGAUUGAUGAGAGACUUUAAGCGUAUGCAAACAGAUCCUCCUGCGGGAGUAUCGGCGUCACCAGUCGCAGACAAUGUAAUGAUAUGGAACGCCGUUAUCAUAGGACCGGCAGAUACACCCUUUGAGGAUGGCACUUUUCGGUUAGUGAUGCAGUUUGAAGAGCAGUAUCCCAACAAACCUCCAGCGGUGAAAUUUAUCAGCCAAAUGUUCCACCCGAAUGUAUAUGCGAGUGGAGAACUAUGUCUCGAUAUCCUUCAGAAUCGAUGGAGCCCAACCUAUGAUGUUGCCGCUGUAUUGACUAGUAUCCAAAGUCUCCUAAAUGAUCCAAACACCUCUUCUCCUGCUAAUGUUGAGGCUUCUAACCUCUACAAGGACAAUCGACGGGAAUAUACAAAGAGAGUUCGUGAAUCGGUCGAAAAAAGUUGGGAAGACUGA